GAAUUUUUCUGGAAGCGGCAAAAAUCUCCUAACAGUUUAUUCGAUUUUCGAGUAAUUUCUAUUAUAGGUGUUCCAACACAUAUGAUUUGUCUAGCUAAGAGAAGAGAAAAUUCUUACUACUUGACGAACUCAACAAUUAUGUGUAAAGUUGGACUUAAUUAAGUAGUCAUGAGUUUUGUAGCUUUAUUAUGACAUCUUUUUCCAAAACUACAAAAGACUUCCGUCUCAAAUAAUUUUCAAAUUUACAACUCUCUCUGGUGGAAGCAUCAAAGUGUGAAAAGUUUACCAAGUCUGAGCAUAUAACAACAAAGCUCUAUAGACGGCAAUAAAAUGAUCAACCACUAUAAAGAAUUUCGAUUUCUCUAAACCAAAGCAUCAAAUUAAAAGUGACCCAAAACAAAGAAUGGAAAGAACAUCAAAAUUGGGUUUCUUUGUGCUACUUCCAUUGUUUUUUCUCGCAUCAUGUCAUUUCAGUUCAGUAAUGGCGAAGAGGUCGAAUUACGUUGUUCACAUGGACAAAUCAGUGAUGCCCAAAGCUUUUCUGAGCCAUCAUGAAUGGUAUUCUUCCAUUCUUGAUUCCAUCCAAUCCACUUCAUUCAACACUCAUAUCUAUACCUACGACACUGUCUUACAUGGUUUCAGUGCAUUACUAACUGAUCAAGAACUAGAAUUCCUCAAAAAGUCUCCAGGUUUCCUCACAGCUUACAGAGAUAGACCAGCUGAAAUGCACACAACCCACACCCCUGAUUUCCUUUCCCUGAAUCCCAACUCAGGGCUCUGGCCGGCGUCGAAUUUCGGAGAAGACGUCAUCGUUGGGGUGAUUGACAGCGGGGUUUGGCCGGAGAACCCGAGCUUCAAAGAUGACGGGAUGACGAAAAUUCCUUCCAGAUGGAAAGGGACAUGUGAAGCAGGCCAGGAAUUCAAUUCUUCACUCUGUAACCUGAAAUUGAUCGGAGCUCGGAACUUCAACAAGGGAUUCAUUGCUGAGCAUCCUAAUAUUACCAUAGACAUGAAUUCGACGAGGGACACUUUGGGGCACGGGACGCAUACUUCUUCCACCAUCGGAGGAAAUUAUGUGGAGGGAGCUUCAUUUUUCGGGUAUGCAGCCGGAACAGCCAGGGGGAUCGCGCCCCGAGCCCGUUUGGCUAUGUAUAAAGUUGGGUCCUCGCAGGGAGUUGCUUUAUCUGAUAUUCUUGCAGGAAUGGAUCAAGCUGUUGCUGAUGGUGUUGAUAUAAUAUCUAUAUCCAUGGCGAUACCGUUUUCUCCUCCAAUUUACGAAGAUCCAAUCUCUAUCGGUUCUUUUGGAGCAAUGGAGAAAGGGAUUCUGGUGUCCAGUUCCGCAGGGAAUAGCGGCCCUGGUCUUGGAACAUUGAACAAUGGCUUCCCCUGGCUAAUGACUGUUGGAGCUGGAAACAUGGAUCGUUGGUUCGGAGGAACGGUUACUUUAGGAAAUGGAAUGGACAUACUUGGAUGGAGCAUUUACCCUGUUUCAACCAUUGUUGAUGAUUUACCUCUUAUCUACAACAAAACACUUUCUGGUUGCAAUUCCAGUGUUCUGCUCUCUGCUGCCAAUGGUAUUGUCAUUUGUGAUGAUCCCGAAAUGUACUACCACGGAUACAUUGUUUCCAAUUCCUCCGUCCCUGGAAUCAUAUUUUUCUCAGAUGAUUCCUCAAUGUUCGAUGAAGGCGAAUUCAAUUUCCAAGGUGUUGCAAUUCCUGCAAAGUACAAAGAAGCUGUUUUAAACUAUGCUGUGAAUGAUGUCAAACCCACGGCUACAAUUCGGUUCAAUCAAACUUUCACAGGUACAAAACCAGCUCCAGCGGUGGCCGAUUUCAGUUCCAGGGGUCCUUCACCAGUUUACCCAAAUAUCUUGAAACCCGACAUUUUCGCGCCGGGGGCAUUAGUCCUUGCCUCCUGGAUCCCAAAUGCUCCUAUAGAAGCAAUUGGAGACAGAGACUUCUUCAGCGGUUUCAACAUUCUCAGCGGAACAUCCAUGUCUUGUCCGCACGCUUCUGGCAUCGCUGCGCUUCUUAAAGGCGCGCACCCGGAAUGGAGUCCAUCAGCGAUCCGUUCCGCCAUGAUGACCACGGCAGAUACCCUGGAUAACACCGGGAAACCAAUCAAAGAUAUCGGGACAAAUUACAACGUCGCGUCGCCUUUAGCCAUGGGAGCGGGACAUGUGAAUCCGAACAGUGCAUUGGAUCCCGGCCUGAUUUACGACGCGACAUUGCAAGAUUACAUCAAUCUCUUGUGCUCUAUGAACCUUACUCAUAGUCAAAUCUCAUCCAUCACAAGAACAACUAGCUAUGAUUGCUCCAGCCCUUCAUCUGAUAUAAAUUAUCCGUCUUUCAUAGCCUUGUACGAGAACGGGGAUACCAAAAUGCUGUCCAAAACUUUCAAGAGAACAGUUACAAAUGUUGGAAAUGGUGCUGCCAAAUAUCAAGCCAAUGUUGUAGCUCCAAAGAGUUCCAUCAUUGAAAUAAGUCCAUCAGAAUUGAGUUUCCAAAACAGGUUGGAGACUCAAGUCUACUAUUUGACCAUAAAAUAUCAAGGUGAUACUAAUUACACAGUUAGUUUUGGUUCACUGAGUUGGGUUGAGGUUGGAGGAAAACACAAUGUGAAGAGCCCCAUCGUGGUAUCUCCAGUUGGAUUUCAGAAUGCAUGAACAGUGAAUUAACGUUUUUUUUUUUUUCAAGUGAAUUAACGUAUUAGAAAUUGUCAAAUUUCUCAACAGAUAGGAAAGAGCGUAACAUUUUUCCAUCCUCGAAUGGCUGUUAUUGCCUAAGAGCACUAAUCUACCAAAACAUGUACUCUCUCUCUCAAAAUUAUUUUGGGACGGCAAGAAUACAAACUAGCAUAUAUAUAUAUAUAUAUAUAUAUA